AUGCCUGACGAUCCAGAAGGUUCGUCGGAGCUCUCCGACCCUCCCUCGUCCUCUGAGGAGGAGAGAGAUGAAAACGCACCUCCUCGUCGUCGCCGUGGUCCCUCGUCUCGCAAGCUCCGUAAGGCCCGCGAGAAGAAGCAGAAGGCUGCUGCUGCCGCAGCAAAACAAGUUCCCAAGCCUGCCUUGCCUGUCGCUCUCUACUUUCUCGACUACUGCCGCGCCCACCCCGGUCCUACCAAGGACCUUGAAAAAGACGAGCAGAAGAUCAAGGAGAAGCGCCGCAUUGCGGCUAAGGUUAUCCUCGAUGGUAUCGCCGACAACACCUUUCCUGAUAAGCACGACAUUCGCCUUCGCGAGGCGGGGGUGAACUUGGGUUAA